AACACAGAUACAUGUGAGUCAGUAGCCACCUUGAGAGGGAAAAGCUCAGGGAGGAGAGCCAGGUACUUCACAACUUGUAGGAUUUCAUCGACAUUGUAUUUUAGCAGAUGGAGAACGUACACUUCACUGCUCCUGACAACUGACCAGACUCCAACCAAGCCAGAGAAAGUGCUGGCAGUGUUACACCAGUACAUCCAUGUGUUUCACGGACACAAUGACAGGGACAAUAGGACGGGAUGACGGUCCGGUUUAUCCCCUCCGCAGGCUGCAUGCACCCGGACCCGGUCUGAACCGACGGUGAACCCCCGCCUAAACCGAGCUCACGCUGCGAUUUCCUCAACUCAAGUGGAUUCGUCCAAUGUGGCAGUAACUAAUGCUGCAUCCAAGCAUUAUGGUGUACAGUUGAAGACCUAUGAGCACAUUAGCCAACAGUUAAAAUAUGCAAUCAAUCAAGCAAGAGGUGGACAGCGAGGCCUACAGUGGAGACGAUGCUCUGGUCCUGGCGAACGGAGACGGGAUGGGCCACAAAAUCUCUGGCAUUCCCUUCAAAACUUCCUGUCGCAGGAAAAGAGAGUUCAUCCCAGAGGAGAAGAAGGACACCAUGUACUGGGAGAGGCGCCGCAAAAACAACGAAGCGGCCAAACGCUCCAGGGAGAAGCGGCGCAUCAACGACAUGGUGCUGGAGAACAAGCUGAUGGCCCUGGGAGAGGAAAACACCUCCCUGAAGGCCGAGCUGCUGUCCCUGAAGCUGAAGUUCGGCCUGGUGAGUCUGGCAGCAUAUUCUCAAGAAGUCCAGAACUUAUCCAGCUCCAGCAAUAUCAACGUCUACCAGGAAGUAGUCCCACCCAGCGCCAGCCAAAGUUCUUCCAGCAGGGUUUUGGAGCCUCUUCACUCGCGCAGCAGCUGCAUAUCAGUCAUCAAGCAUUCACCUCACAUGCCCGAGACUCAAGGGGUCAAGCAAGAACCAGCAGAGAACGCACAAGAGAGAAGAAGCCCUUACGAACUGUACAGAAACUACAUCACCAGCCCUCUUUCUGGAGUCUAUCCGCAGGUCGCCGCCUUCCUACAUCUCACCCGAUCCUCCAGCAACUCCCCCAGGAGCUCAGAAGAUGGCGCUGUUAGUAAAUCAUCCGACGGAGAGGAUGAGCAACAGGUCCCCAAAGGUUUAACGCCGUCUGCAGCCGACCCACGAAGCGUCAUCGUCUCCACACACAAAGUGCCGGAUGCCAGUUCUUCAGCUUUGCCCCACAAGCUGCGGAUCAAAGCCAGAAGCAUCCAGAUUAAAGUGGAGGCCAUCAACCCGGAGUACCCUGUCGCAGUCUCAGAAGAAGGAGGAUUCUCCACUCAGCCGUCCCCCUGCCCUCUUUCUCUCCAGGUCACCAACAUGCAGCACUGGAACCAGCAACCGUGGCACAGAAGCAGCUCAGACACACUGCAAAACAAACCCAUCGCGGAGGUUAAAGACCGCUCCUAUGCACCCUCAGAGGACUUGUAUCUGAGACAUGGUCCCCCCUAUCUGCCUGCUUUGAAAAGACUGAUCCAAGCACAGCACUCUGGGUCUCUGAUGGACUCGAGCAGAAGCACAGAGUCGAUGUCGAAAGGCUGUUCCUCUGCAUGACCGUAGUGUCUUUUAUACUUCCCACUGUACUUGCUGUUGCACUGUGUGGUUAAACAGGGUUUGGAUAUGUGGUGAUUUUCAAAUGUUGGAGCACAAUGUAAGGUUGAUAGAUUAAAAACACAUUGAGGAGGGGAGGAGCUACCUGUACUGUAAUGUCACAUUCAAAUAUAAUGUAGGCCUAGAAUAGCACACCGUUAUUCAUUUAAUCAGUACAAAGAAUUCCGACUUACUCGUCUAUAUUCAUACAAAUACUGCUUUCAUUCACCUUUUCCAGACCACUGCCACUACCUGAUCCGUACCGGAGACAUGAACGCAUUUUUGGUACUUUUUGUCACCGCUAUCAUUUUAUGGCAAUUUUGAUCUAGUGCUGAUAUCAUAAGGUUCUAUGUUUGUAUUUGUAACAUAAAAAAACCCAUCCAAGUUCAUAUUCAACAAAUGUUUUUGUUGAAUAUUGUAUAUGUACAAAACACCACUUUCAAAAAUAACAAAUGCUAAUAAUAAUAAUUAACACAUAAAAACUGACAAGACAUUGAAUAUAUAAAUUACAUUUAAAAACAUAUAUAAUAUCGAUAUGAGGACAUUAAAGUCGACAAAAGAGAAAUAAAUAAUUUAAUUUACAACCCUUACAAUCUAAUGGUCCCCUUAAAUUUGAUAUGAAAAAGUAUCAUAGGUUCAAAUAAGUAAUUUGUCAUCGUUGAAUGACCUUCCCAAUUACUUUAUUCAACCAGCUUUUCUUUGAUAAUAUAUUGCGAAACUAGCUCCAUAUUUUAGGCAUUCUUUACCAAAACAACUGAAAAAGUAUUUAUAUAAUAAGGAAAAAUCUUAAAUGUCAGAACAAGUCAAACCAAAGACAGCAUUAUUUUAUAUAAAUCCCAGAAAACUGCCGUAAUUCCCACCAUUUUGUUCAGAUAACCAUCAUUGGAAGUGGCGGCUUAUUCCCAUAAAUCAGGUUUCAGGUACGGAUCAGGAAGCACCAACUACUCUCUGUGUCAAUGAAACGAAACACUUCCUUCUAACUCAUUACCUCAAAGUAGCUGGAAGGCUUUAAUGGUGAAAAAUCGGUUGAGUUUUAGCGAGUGGCUUGAUCAGGAAUCUAAAAAACGUCAUGACUGGGAUGAAUUGAUAUGACCUGACUCUUCUUUAGUCAGUGUAAUGUGCCGAAAGGAAACCAAGCAUUGACAGUCUAACAAAACAUAUGAUAUUACGUUUACCUGCCACUAUUUGAGAAGUUACAGAAUCAUUUACCAAAGGCUAAUUGACUUCUAUAACUGGGUCUGCCCUUCAGUCCCCGUUAUCGCUCUGCUUUUGUUUGAAAUGAGGUAUUAUGGUUACUGGAUCCAUCUGUAUUCUGGUGUGGUGCCAGGUCUACUUACCUCUGCUUUGAGGGAAUAUCCUGCCAUGCUUUUUUUCUAUUGGUUUGUAAUUAUCUGCACAAUUUCCAAGACGUUCCCUAAAAGAAAUGUUGCAAUUUGAUACUCAUUAUGGGGGAAAGAGAUGGACUAUGAUUCAAAUUAAGUGCAUAUGAACACCUGAACAUGCAAAGCUACGGAUUUUGUAAACAAACCAACCCAAUUAAAAAAAAUGUUUAGUAGAGGACACCCUAUUUCCCUAAUUGGUACCAAACUCAACGUUCUUUUAGGGAGCUUUCUAACAACCAGGACCCUAAAUGCUGCCUUUCUGCUCUCUCUCUCCUGGUUGACCAAUCAGAUCUUGGAUAUGUUGCACUCCAUUGUCUCUGCUGUAGUUUUUGAAUAUGCAAAACAAGAAGUUACACACCUGGGCUUUUACCUAAGCAUUUUUAAAAGGCUCUGUUGCACUGGUUCACCGUUUGCCAAAUCGCUUUUUUCUUUUGUUUUUUAGUGGAUUCAUUUUGUAAACCUAACAGGUGGUUUUAAACUGAGACUGUGUUUGAAACUGGCUGGAGAUUUGUGAUUCUGACUGAGCUGAGAACUGAAUGACUGAAUAAGCACAAUGUAUCCUCAAUCAAUUGACAUCUGUUUUAUCAAAGAGUGUCCAGAGAUUCAGUGUGUUAUCCGCUAGAUUCAAUGCAUUUUGUAAUUUUGCUACUUGGUGGUGAUAUAAACAAACCUCCUGACCUUCUCUGUUGUUCAAGUGCAUUCCGUAUUUUAGUUUCUAAAGAAAUACUGAAUCUCCCAGUAAAAGAUAAUCACGAUGCAGAGGAAGUCCAGUUCUGUAUCUGCACACUUUUCUCAAGGUUUAUUGUAACGGUGAGUUGUGUUCACAAUAAAUGUCUAAUCACUGAA